AUGGCGGACAAGAAGGAGGUGUGCCUGACAAUGCAUCAGCCUUGGGCGUCGCUGCUCGUCCAUGGGAUCAAGAGGAUCGAAGGCCGAUCUUGGAGCUCCUCGGUGCGCGGCCGCUUGUGGAUCCACGCAGCGGCAAAGGUGCCCGAGGCAGAGACAAUUCGAGAGCUGGAGCACUUCUACACUGAGGUUUACGCUGCACAAGGGAUCAAAGACAUCAAAUUUCCCGAGUUUUAUCCAACGUCGGUGUUGCUCGGUUGCGUCAAUGUGGUGGAUUGUGUGAAGCUCGAAAAGCUCGUCAGCCGCGAAGAACUUCCUCAAAGUAUACGCAUGGAGGCGCUGAGUGAGUACUGCUGGCUCUGUGAAGAUCCCCAAAAGCUGGUGAUCCCAUUCCAAAUGCGUGGGUGGCAAGGCAUCUACAAUCUCGAGAAGAAGAUCGCAUCAGCAUCCGUGGGAGGCUUGAAAGCUGUGCAAGGCCCUGGUCCAGUCAAGUUCUCGAGCCUUGGAGUUUCUUCCAAAUCUCCAGGCAAAGCCAUCAAGAACACAUAAGUGGAAGAGAGAACUCGAUCACCAGUAGUCACCACAGGAGCAAACACCAUCCUCGCAGUGAUGAAACCUCGCGCUGUCCCGCACAACAAUCCUCCUCCCAACGAUCCUCGAG